AUGGGAGCCCAGUGGUCGCAGUUCUUCCCCCCCAAGCCAACAUUCACAGAGGCCAACGUGGAUAAUCAAGAGGGCAAGGUCUUCAUCGUCACCGGCGGCGCCUCUGGCAUUGGCCUUGAGCUCGCCCGGAUUCUGUACCUCAAGAACGCAAAAGUCUACAUUGCGACGCGCUCUGAGGAAAAGGCUCGCCAGGCAAUCGCCGACAUCCAGGCUUCUGGUAGCUCCAACGGCAGCCUCGAAUUCCUGCAUCUGGACUUGGCCGACCUGGCCAGCAUCAAGGCCUCGGCGGAGGAGUUCAAGGCCAAGGAGUCCAAGCUCCACGUGCUCUGGAACAAUGCUGGCGUCUCGCAGCCCCCGGUUGGCAGCGUCUCGGCACAGGGUAUCGAGCUGCAGUUUGCGACAAACUGUCUUGGGCCCUUUGCCUUUACGCAGCUGCUUCUUCCCCUGCUCAAAUCGACAGCCGCAGAUGAGGCCACGCCCAAGGGCUCAGUUCGUGUGGUCUGGCUCUCCAGCCAAGUCAUGGAGCUCUCCGCUCCUACCGACGGCAUCGACCUGGAAGAGAUCCGCACGCCUCCCAAGGAUCGGAACCGCAAUUACACCAACUCAAAGACUGGAAACUACUUCCUCGCUACAGAACUUGCUCGGAGAGAGGGCCCUUCUUCCAUCGUGAGCGUGUCCCUGAAUCCCGGCGCUCUCAACACCAACCUCCUGCGCCACGCGCCUCAUCUCAAGUAUCUGGCCUACCCGCUCCUCCACAAGCCCCGAAUGGGAGCUCUGAGCGAGCUGUACGCUGGGCUCUCGACGGACAUCGGCCUGGAGAAUAAUGGAUGCUACGUCAUUCCUUGGGGUAGGAUCUCGCACAAUGUCAGAGCAGACCUGGUCAAGGCUUCAAAACCCACUGAGGAGGGAGGUUCGGGAAGGGCGCAGGAGUUUUGGGAGCUAUGUGCCGAAAAGACGAGGGACUACCUGUAA